GCAUUCAUCAGCGUUACCACGCCGAUUGCUGAUUCAAAAUCAGGAUCGCGCGCGAAAACCGUGCGAACCGAUCCAAACAGGUGCGCGAGUGUCACUUGUGCUCUGUGCCAUUAUUGUGAUAUUUUUAUCGAAAUGGUGCUGCGAUGUGGAUAUUAAGAACCUCUCAAGAUCAGCAACUGCAGAGAAAUCGAAUCCUGAUGGAUACCAUGGCCUGGACGUAGUCCUUCGCUCAGGUGUCACUGCGGGGAGAGGGAAGUAGAUGACCAGUUACGAGAUGUGGGAACAUGUGCGACUGAUCCUCGUGGUCGCGGUCUUUAUAUCCAGGGUACAGGCUACAAUGUCACAGAAACCGAGACUUGGUGGCGCCAUCAACGUCUUUAGUAGGUACGGCUACCUUACUAUCAGCAUGAGAGUGGUGCCCCGCAACGACACAGAGACCUGGAUUUUCCGGGAGCCAACUCUAGAUGUCUUUCAUAAUUUGCUCCCAGCGCCACCUAGACAACAAAGCAAAUCCGCGGCCGUCUUCGAGGGCGACUUUCACAUGGAGUUUUGCGAUAAUGUCAGGCAGCUCCUUCAAGCAUAUUUUCGAGAUUUCUCAUUCGAACGUCUCGAGAGGCCCUGGAGAGCAUUUACAGGAAGUUGGUCGAGGAACGCAAUAGCCAGACACCUGGGUAUCAACUCGUCAUUUAUAACUGGUGAUCAUUGUUAUGUUUUGGUGCGAGUGGCUCGUUUUAGAGAGAGUCAAAGAUUGAUGGGGGCCAUAGAUUCUUUAAUUCUGGACGAAGCGGUCGCAAAUGAAGCCAAUAAUAUUUCGAUCGGUGAUACUGCUAGUGUGGUUCGCUUCAUCAAGAAUUUUGGAUCGCACUACAUCUCCUCGUUUGUUACGGGGAAUUCCUUAUAUCAGGUAUUUGUCUACACGCCCCAGGUGUACCUUAGAAUAAAGGAGCGGUUGAAGUCCCGAGGCGUGGCAGAGCUCUCAAGCCUCGAAUUGAGCAACUACUUUUCGCCCUGGUACGCUGAGCACAUGGGUGCGAUCCAAUCGGCAAGUGGAAACCGCUCCGUGGAAGCAUGGGCCACGGAGCGACUCCGAGUCCAGUAUUACAUCUUCACCUACGCAAGCCUCCUGAAGCUCCACGGCGACGCGGCUCUUCUCCGCCAGCUUGACUCCCUCCUCGGAAACGAGGCCCUCCUGCAGCUCCAGCUUCGAACCCUGUCGCCGCACUUUAAUGAUCCAAAACGCAGAGACUGGUUCCUCGAAGUGAUCGACAACUACUUCAAACUCUGGGAAGUGAAUAUGUGAGAGUGAGAGGAGAAACCAAAGGUGCCUAGACACAAAUGACAAACGAAAAAUGACAAGCAGUCGCUGAUCGCUUCUGAAUAUUUUUUCAGAACACUUGUAAGACGUUUUCGAGACGAGUUUCGAGACUGAGAAGCAGGACGCGACGUACUAUAGAUACGGGAGGUGUAAUCGCUGUUAUUGCUAUAAAUAAGUAUUUAUUAUAUAAUCGUUAAUAGAAAACAUUUUAUACAAACCUUU